AUGGGUCGGUUGCAAAAGAUUCUCAUUCCCUUUUUGGGACUGGUUUUGGCCUUCUGGUUUUAUUCUGCGAGGGAGAAUUUCAAACCGGAGAUGUUGAAAGGGAAGCGGGUGAUUGUCACCGGAGCGAGCACUGGAAUUGGAGAGGAGAUGGCAUAUCACCUGGCACGGAUGGGAUCCCACAUUCUGAUCACAGCACGGACAGAGACCAAGCUACAGAAAGUCGUGGAGCGGUGCCGGGAGCUGGGAGCAGCCUCAGCACAGUACAUCAGUGGCACCAUGGAGGACAUGGCCUUUGCCGAGCACGUGGUGAAGGAGGCACAGACCUUGCUGGGAGGCCUGGACAUGCUGAUUCUUAACCACGUUGGCACAUCAUACUUCGGUUUUUUCGAUGGAGACGUUGGGCACGUCCGAAAGCUCCUGGAGAUCAACUUCCUCAGUUACGUGGCAAUGACCGUGUCAGCCCUGCCCAUGCUGAAGGAGAGUGAGGGCAGCAUCGUAGUGGUUUCAUCCAUGGCAGGUAAAGUCGGGUUUCCUUUUACGGUCCCCUACUCUGCAACUAAGUUUGCCUUGGAUGGAUUUUUCAGCUCCCUGAGGCAGGAAUUCCACAUUCGGAACAUUAACGUUUCCAUCACUCUCUGCAUCCUUGGCUUCAUCGAUACUG